UGGCUAAGGGUGGCCAUGGUCACCCCUGGCCCCCUUCUGGCUCCGCCCCUGGUUCUGAUGCCCUCUUUUACCUAUCUGGCCUUUGCUUAUUACCGUGAAGCUGUAAACCCCUCCUGCUGGCAGCAGAUUGGUCAGCUCCGGUGGACCCCCAGUACCCUCACCCUGCCAGCUGUUGCUGAGCCAUGUAUAAGAUCCAGGGGCCCCAGGCUCACUGCUGCUGAAAGAACAGAAAUCAAGCAUCACUUCUCUGCUGUUGCCCAAAUACUUCAAUUGGAAGCUGGUUGUUUGCUUCUGCACUCUGUUCUGUAUUCUUCGGACCCACUUAUGGAGUUGUCGGAUAUUUCCUUCCCCAGCCCCGCUGUGGAUGAUUUCUAUGAUGACCCCUGCUUUAACACCAGUGACAUGCGCUUCUUCGAGGACCUGGACCCGCGGCUGGUGCAUGUGGUCCCGCUGAAACCUGAGGACUCCUCCUCUUCCUUAUCAUCCUCCUCCUCCUCCUCCUCACCUUACUCCCACCUGCAUCAUCACCUUCAGCGCGCAGAGGCGGAGGAUGAGGAGCACGUCCGGGCCCCUAGCGGGCACCAUCAGGCGGGCCGCUGCCUGCUGUGGGCCUGCAAAGCUUGCAAAAGGAAGACCACCAAUGCAGACAGAAGAAAGGCCGCGACCAUGCGUGAGCGGAGGCGGCUCAGCAAAGUUAACGACGCCUUCGAGACUCUGAAGCGCUGCACGACGGGCAACCCCAACCAGAGACUGCCCAAAGUGGAGAUCCUACGAAAUGCCAUCAGCUACAUCGAGUCUCUGCAGGCGCUGCUUCGAGGCGGACAGGAGGAGAGCUUCUACCCGCUGCUGGAGACAUACAGCGGGGACUCAGACGCGUCCAGUCCGCGCUCCAACUGCUCCGAUGGAAUGACAGAUUAUGACGGUCCAAACAGGACAAGAAGCUUUGGCAGCGGUUCAAUAUUCUCUGAGAAACCAAUCGCUGAUCCAAAGAGGGAGCGCAGCUCCAUGGUUUCCAGCCUGGACUGCCUGUCCAGCAUUGUGGAGCGGAUCUCCACGGUCAGCAGCAGCGAGGCAGGAAAGGCACCUGCGCUCAUCCAAAUCCCCUCCCCGACCACCAACCAGGACCCAGACCCCAUCUAUGAAGUCCUAUAGAGACUCUGACUCAAUGUCAGCUGGGAAGUCAGUGUGCUGCUUUGAUUGUAGAGCUCACAGAAAACCACUGUAACUAAAAAAAACUAUUAUUUAAUUUUUUUCUAUUUAGAAGAGUCUUCACCAGCUGUUUGUGGCUACAAGCCUUGUUUUUACUUCAUGUCAAAGCUCAUUUCUGCCCAGAAGAAAGUCAGUUACCUAAGCCUGUAAGAUUAUUUUUCAAAUCAGCUUUUUUCGUAAUUUAAAAUUAAUUUAAAAUUGAUAAGUGUAUUUUAUAUUUUAUUUUAGUCUUAAUUAAAAGAUAAAUCUCAAAUUUUUCAUGUCAAAAUUGUCUAA